CCAGCAGAGGCAGGCGGUAUCCCAGUUUGAGGCCAGCCUGGUCUGUAAGAGCUGGUUCCAGGACAGCCAGGGUGCUAUUUAGAAGUGCUUUAUAUUGCCCAUGCUCAGGUCCCAGCAGUCACUGGGCUGCUCCUAACCAGCAGCAACUUCAGUAACGCGGGCACGCAUGCACUCCUUAACAUUACGUACACAAAAAAAUUUGGGGGUAUGUGAAUUCAGUCCAAGUGAAUAAACCAGUGUUUAAUUCAUUCAUGGGCGGUCCCCGUGGGCAAUCUACCAAGGAGCGCCACCUGGGUCUCCCAGCAGCUCUGCCAUUGGUCAAAAAUCAGGAUGCUCACCCUCAAGCAAGUGCGCAGGCGUGAGAAAGUCAACCCAGAGCCCGGUUUCAAGCAGACGCAUGCGUGUUGAUUACCGGCUCGUCGGCAUGGGUGCCUCGUUCCCUCUCUUGUCUCUGCUGUGGUUCCUGUCCAGUCCCAGGCUUCAGCUAGGAAAUGCUCAGGCUCCUGCCAUGGUGCAGCUGCCAGGUGGGCGAUUUUUGAUGGGGACUGAUGCUCCAGAUGGAAGAGAUGGCGAAGGACCUGCCCGGGAAGUGACAGUCAAAUCCUUUGCCAUUGACGUGUUUCCUGUCACUAAUAAAGAUUUCAGGGAAUUUGUCCGAGAGAAAAAGUUCCGGACCGAGGCAGAGACCUUCGGGUGGAGUUUCGUCUUUGAGGAUUUUGUGCCCCCUGAGCUUAGAAAUCAAGCAAAUCAGAUGCCGUCUGUUCUCUGGUGGCUACCAGUGCAGAGGGCGUUUUGGAGGCAGCCUGCAGGUCCCGGCUCUGGCAUCCGAGAAAAACUGGAGCUUCCGGUGGUACAUGUGAGCUGGAACGAUGCUGUCGCUUACUGUGCAUGGCGGGGAAAGCGGUUGCCCACAGAGGAGGAAUGGGAGUUUGCGGCCCGAGGGGGCUUGAAGGGCCAGGUUUAUCCGUGGGGGAACCAGUUCCAGCCAAACCGCACCAAUUUGUGGCAGGGAAAGUUCCCCAAGGGUGACAGAGCUGAAGACGGUUUUCAUGGACUGUCACCAGUGAGCGCUUUUCCCCCACAGAACAACUAUGGACUAUACGACCUCAUGGGCAAUGUGUGGGAAUGGACGGCGUCCACAUACCAAUCUGCUGGCCAGGAUAUGCGUGUCCUCCGGGGGGCAUCAUGGAUCGACACAGCUGAUGGCUCAGCCAAUCACCGGGCUCGGGUCACCACCAGGAUGGGCAACACUCCAGAUUCAGCCUCAGACAACCUGGGCUUCCGCUGCGCCUCCAGCAAAGGCCGACCGAAGGAGGAUCUGUAAGCAUCCAGGCAGGAAUGGAGAAAGCCCUCCUUGGUCCUGUGUCUCCCUGCCCACGUUCCAGAGGCAUCGGAUACCAGGUUCUUUGUCAGCCUGCAGGUGGCCUCCCUUUGAGCCUGUUCUCAGGCAGAGGC